AUGGAAGGGCGGACCAGCUUCGUUGGACGACUGUUGGACCAUGGAGCAGAGGUGGCCCAAGCGGAUAAGUUUGAAAAGACAGCGCUGCACCAAGCCACAGAUCGAGAGCAUAAAGACAUAGUGGAACUGCUUGUCGAGAGAGGUGCAGAUGUCAACGCAACCGAUAGGGGCAGAAUGACACCAUUGCACCUGGCUAUCAAGAACUGGGACACGGGCGUGGCUAAGCUGUUGAUUGAAGCUGGGGCUGAUAUCGACGCCAGUGCUGACUACAGCAUUUGUGCUAGUCAUUACGACCUGUCUUACUAUCACAGCAGGUACUCCGAUAUCUGGGACAUGGCGCCACUAGACUUUGCUGCAAGGGACGGCAGCCCAAGCAUGGUCCAGUUCCUUCUGGAUUCGGGUGCUUCUGUUGACCGGCAGAGCAACCCUGGGCACGGUGCCCUCCACCACGCCGCAGCGGGAGGAAGUAAAAAGGUGGCUCAGAUGCUUAUCGACGCGGGAGCUGAUGUCAACCGAGAAGACACCCGGGCGCAGACGCCGUUGCACUUUGCAGCAGAACACGGAUCUGUAUCGGUUGCCAAGCUGCUGAUUGAUCAUCCGACAGCUUAUCUCAACGGGCGUGACACUUAUCAGAGGACGCCAUUGCACCUUGCGGCAGCGCAAGACAACCACAUUAUUGUCGACAUGCUAAUUGAUGCCGGGGCCCUGAUCACGAGAUCGGUGGCAGCAUACCCCUGUGUUGGGAUGAGGUACCCCAUUGAGUUUGAAGGGCUCUUCCCCAUCAUCUUUCAGCGAUCUCCUGACGAUGAGUUUGUCUGGUGCGAACUUACACGCGAGGAAAUGGGCCAUUGGAUGGACCGUUGA